GCAGAAGGCUCUGAAGCAAGCUAAGCAGAAGAAAUCUAAGUCGGCUGAAUUUCUGAUGGCCAAACAGCAGGAGCAAGAGGAAGAGGAGAGUGGGAUGAAAAAGGGCAUUGUAAAUCCUGUGUUCCUGUGUGGAGAAGAGGAGGACGAGCAGAGCUGUAGCAGACAGAGGGAUGGGGGGAGAGAAAUAGGAGGUGACGGGCAAGAUAGCACUCUUGCCGCUCACCAACAGCAAACGAAGCUGGAAGCCCUUGCCAGCACAAGAGGAAAUGAAGGUGUUCAAAAUUACUUUGACCCCUGGGCGACUGCAGAAGGUGACUUGAAGCAGCGCGGGAUGUCCAGGGUUGGAGCGGGAGAUGAGCUAGAAUUAAAAUUCGUGCAUGAGGAUGAGCGGGGUCUCUAUGAGAAAAUAUCUCAGAUGCUGAACGAAGAUGAAGCUUCAACUGUUAUAGAUUUGCCUGGUAAGAAACGUACAUUCAAAUGACUGAAAUGUACACACAAACACACACAGUUAGGUCUGGUAAAGAAAGAGAUACUUGGCUUAUACCUCUAAAAUUAAACAGAACUUAACUAUUUAGUUAAUCAGAUAGAGCCUUGCUAAUGAAGACCAAGACCACACAUCACACACAAAUUCAUCUACAUUCCCUUCCGAAACAAUUGGAAUGGCAGCACCAAUUAUUUUUUCAUUUAUUUAUUUAUUUAUUUAAGACA